AGUAGAUAUGGGAAAUUUCAUGAUGGCGUUUUCUUAAAGAAUUUGUUAAGAAUUUAAAAAUAUAAUAAACAUGUUCAAUAUGAAUGUAUUAAAAACAAGAAAAUUGAUAUCGAUAUUAAAAAAUAUAUAACUCCAACAUCGUUUAUUUAAUACUUAAAAGAAAUAAGUGAAAAAAACGUACAAUGGAUGAAUCAACUUUAAACGAUUUGCUUGAAUGUAGUGUGUGCUUAGAUCGUUUGGAUGAUUCAAAAGUUUUACCAUGCCAGCACACGUUCUGCAAAAAAUGUCUUGAAGUAAUAGUCGCAAGCCAAAAGGAACUACGAUGUCCAGAAUGUAGAAUUCUUGUAGAUUCAAAAAUUGACGAUUUACCGCCUAAUGUCUUGUUGAUGAGAAUUUUAGAAGGUUUAAAAAAUGCUAAUUCAAAUAUUCAGUCAACCCCUAGUAAACAACCAGAAACAAACUCUUCCAAAGUAGAAAAAAAAAUUGUAAACGCACGUCAAAUUCCUCAAAGUCACAAUAAUAAAGUAAAUUACGAAGCAUCUAGCCAAUCAAUUUCACUAAAUUUGAUCGAAUGUCAUAAAAAUUAUGUAUCUAAUCCGGUUUCAAUUAGUCAACGUCAGAUCUUACCACAAAUUCGUGAAAACCAUUCAUCUGGAGUUCAGAGUAUACCGAAAGCUCUUGCCUUAUAUGAUUUUCAGUCGAAAGAGGUGGGAGAUUUGAAAUUUAAUAAGGGAGAUGUCGUUUUGAUUAAAAGAAAAAUUGAUGCAAAUUGGCUUUAUGGUAUAUCAAAUGGUAAAGAAGGAAUGUUUCCUAUUAACUAUGUUCAAAUUAUUGUUCCACUGCCUGUACCCCAAUGUAUAGCGUUGUAUGAUUUUAAAAUGGGCCCAAAUGAAGAAGAUGGAUGUUUAACAUUUAAAAAAGGCACUGUUAUUAAUGUAUUACGACGUGUUGAUCAAAACUGGGCUGAAGGACGUAUCGGUGCGAGUAUUGGAAUAUUUCCAAUAGCAUUUGCUGAAAUGAAUUCUCUCGCAAAGCAUGUACUACAACAGAAAGAAGAAGAAAUGUUUACAAGCGAUAGCUCGAAAAAUACAAAUACCAGCAGAGUCGGAAUUUUUCAGCAUGUAGCACGCAGUUUACCUCCACUACCAACUUUAGAUACAAAUCUGAGUGAUUCUACAACAAGCUCCUCGUCUUCGUCCGCACUUUUAAGUCCUAAUUCAUCUUGCAGUUCAAGCUCAAAUUCUGUUUCCAACAGCCCCAUCAAUCAAAUUCAAAAUAAAAUGACUGAUAAUUCUAAUAUUCAUAUUCGGCAUCGAAAUAUUAAUAAAGAAAAGAGAAAUUCUCUCAACGGUUUAACUGGAAGUAAAAACUUUAGUGUUGCAUCGAACCGAUAUUCAGCAGAAAUUUUAAGCACAUCACAUGAGCCCACCCAAAAAUCACUCCAACAAAGUGGUUUGAACGUUGUUAAUGCAUGUGGUCCUUCAAAAAAUAUCAAACAAAUUGUCCCCACAGAUGGUUCUCAAAAAGUAGAAAAGCAAAAUUUUGGUCAAAUCUACAGAGAUAAUGUUUUGAAGCAACAACCUAAUGUUCCCCCAAAUUUGCCAUGGUAUUACAUAGCUUUAUAUCCAUAUAAACCGAAAAAGGUUGAUGAAUUAGAACUUAAAAAAGGGUGUAUUUACAUAGUUACUGAACGUUGCUUAGAUGGAUGGUUCAAGGGAAAAAACUGGUUGGAAAAAUCAGGGGUUUUCCCAGGAAAUUAUGUAGCGGCUUUAAGGAGUAACGAUCAUCAAAAACUAAUGGAACAGAAAAAGCUUGCGAAACAUAGCGAAAACGUUCAACCACUAAACAGUUCCAAUUCAUUAAAUUUUCUAAAUAAUACUUUACCAGAAUUACCACCAAGAACUCCAAAUGCUUUAGGAGUAGGAGCAGUUAAUGCAAGUUUUUCCGAAAAUACUAUCGGUCAUGUGGAUUCUUUAGAUAAGCAUUCUAAUCUUACAACUGAAUCGAAAGAAAUCAAAAAUAUUGGUGCUUGUGAUGUGAAGGAUAUCGCACCUAACAAAAUUCAAAAUAAUCCAAUAAUAGCAACUACUUCAUCAUCCGUCAGCAGCUUAGUUAAACGCUUAACUAAUAUUAAACGAUCAAAGUCUCCGACACAACCAAGUACACAUAAUGAUGAUGUGGGUUGCAAGGGAAAUUUAUUUAGUAAAGAAAUAAGCUUACUACCGCACCCGAUUCACGUUAGGUCUGGGUCGUGUCCAAGUCAGUUGUUGCAAACUCUCCCAGGAGAUACAGCAAAAGAAUAUAUAACUAAAACGUCUUCAAAAAAUGAAUCACCUUGUUUUGCUUCACAAAGACUUAAAGGAUCUAAGGAGCGACCUUCUCUUCAAAGCGUUUGUGCAACAGCCCAGAAUUUGUUUGGAAAUGCUGAAGCGGUGAUUACUUCAAAUCCUUCUGUUGCAAUAAAUAUGAUCACUCAUCGUAAAACUCAAAGUUUAGAUGCAACUUGCAAAGUGAACCAAUUGACAGUGAAUAACAGCAUUAAAACUAGUAAUAAUCGUGAAGGACGUUUCCGAUGUAUUGUUUCAUAUCCACCGAAUAGCGAGUUCGAGCUGGAACUUAACGUAGGUGAUAUAGUUUUCGUGCACAGAAAACAAAAAAAUGGCUGGUACAAAGGCACACAUUCAAAAACAAACAAAACAGGUUUAUUUCCUGCUUCCUUUGUGGAGCCUCUUUUAUAAAAAGCAGAUUGUAUUUUUUCUUAUAUGUAUUUUGAAAUUCAAGAAAACGUUUGUUAUACAAAGGUUCCCAUUUUAAAUUAUGUGUCUAAAUUAAUUUGUCUAAAGAUUUUUAAAUUUAUUGUUUGGAAUUAAAUGCAUAAGUUUUUUAUGAAAGUAAUAGUAGAUCUAAAUUUUGCUUGAUUUAUUAACAGCAGUUUUCACGUCUAUUUAUUUAAUAUUUCGUAAUAUAUCUAGCUAUACUAAUCUUCAAUAUUUUUUUAACACUGUUCUAGUAAUAUUGUUAUUAUAUUUAGUUUAUAAAAUUUUAAUAGUUGGUAAGAUUAAGAUAUAAGCUGAUAAAAAAGAAUAUUUUUUAAAGUUCAGGCUGAACAUAUUAAUAUAAUACAUAUUUCACUAAAUUAAAUAAAAAAAAUCCUAUAUUUAAUCGCUAAUAAGAUAAAAAUGUAAAUUUGAUAAUAAUAAAAUUGUUUAGGUGAAAUUCUGUUCAAAAAUGACAAAAUUAUUAAUGCAAAUUUCUAAUAACAUAACCAUAAUUUUUUUAUAAUUUUCUAAUAUUGCACAAAGGGUCUUUACUUGUA